UGAUAAUUGAUUUCAUUUUCCACAAAGUGGGUGAAUCCCUUUAAAGGUACUUGUACCUUUCAACCAAUCAAAACUCAGCCUCUGCACUACUACAGUACUAUUGCUAGUACCACUCUCUUUACCAGUUUCAGUUUCCAUUUGCGUGUGAUCGAUCAAAGACACAGAGAGCUCUCAAACAACAAAAACACAAAGAGGAACGCAAGAACAAGAGCUGAAAAAAAAAAAAAAAAAAAUCCAAGUUUGAUUACGAUGUCCAAAGCUUCUGAUCAAGAAAACAGGAUCAAUAUCAAGUGCCAGUACAACGAGGAUGGUCAAAGAACUUUCUUCAGGAUGCGGCGUAAUGCAAAGCUGCAAAAACUCGUCGAUGUAUUUUGUACCAAGCGUGACAUCGAUCCCAAAGCAGUAGAUUUCAUCUUUGAUGGCCAGAGAGUGAACAAAAAGAAAACUCUUGAGCAGCAUGGAAUCGAAGAUAACGAUGAGAUUGAAGUCUUUUUGCGCGUCGGUGGAGGUGCAGCGAUGUUGGAAAGUUAGAAGUCGAGUCUACUUCUGUGGGAAGGAGAGUCGCGGUUUAAGUACGAAAAACUUUAUGCUACAAUUAUGUGACUGACUAGUAAGUAAUUACUUAAUGACUCUUUGUAGACUAAACUUUAACUUUGUGGCGCAUCAUGAUUAAAUUUAGAGUCGACUUAUUUCAUCACAAAGCAUUUUGUGUGGUUU